UUGCUUUCGCAGGAAGUCCCAGGGGACAAAAAAAUAUGGGAGGAAGCUAGUUUUUAGGGUUUCUUGGCGAGAGCUGGAGGAGGAGGCUCGAUGGACGACGCGACGCUCCACCAGGUCGUGCAGCAGCACGGGAUCAGCGUUCUUGGCCAGCAUCACCAGCCGAUUUCGGAGCAUGCGCCAUCGUCGCUGGUCCAAUCGCUCGCGCUUCAUGUGUCUUUCGAUCAUGGAUAUUUCCUGACCGUGAGAGCGAUUCAAGAACUCCGCGACAAGAGGAAUUGCUCAGUCUCUGUCGGCAUCGGAGGUCCCAGUGGAUCAGGGAAAACCAGCUUGGCGGCAAGAAUCGCGUCGGUUCUUGGUGGCGUUGUCAUUUCCAUGGAGAAUUAUCAUGACCCUCGAUUGCCUGUUGACGACAGCAACGAUAAAGAUUCAGUCGACUUCGACUUGCUGAUAAAAAAUCUAGAAGACUUGCUAAAGGGGAAGGAUAUCACGGUCCCAUCGUUCGAUUUUCAGCAGAAAAAGCGGACAGGCUUUAAACCUCUUAAAGCUCCAAAGUCGGGAGUGGUUAUUGUCGAUGGAACAUACGCAUUGCAUGCAAAAUUGCGGUCAUUUUUGGACAUACGAGUUGCUGUGGUAGGAGGCGUGCAUUUCAGCUUGCUAUCCAAGGUCCGGAGAGAUAUCGGAGAUACUUUUUCUCUGGAUCAUCUUCUGGACAGCAUAUUUCCAAUGUUCAGAACGCACAUAGAGCCUGACCUCCAUCACGCCCAGAUCAGAAUUAGCAACACUUUUGUUUCUUCUUUACGAGAGCCUUAUUACAUUUUGAAAUGCGAGAAGCAGGUGCUUAAGACGUCGUUAGAGUUCCUGUUCAGCUCGUCCAAAAUUCGCCAUGAACAGUUCAUCGAAAUGUAUUUGCGACCACCUACACUUUUCGAGAAUAGUAAGCCAAGUGAUUGGAUCAGAAUGCGACAAUGUGGGAUAAGAUACGAUCUUGCCGAGAGCGAUCAAAGAAUCGUGGAUAAAAAUUUUGUAAUCAAGCCGAAAGUGGAGUUUGAGGUGGGUAAAACGACUUUGGGAGGACUAUUGGCACUGGGUUACCAGGUUGCGGUUAGCUACAAACGUGACUCUGCA